UAAAACAGACUUUUGACAAAGUUGAGUACAGAGAAGCAAACAUUCAAGGGAGGUAAUAUUCAUCCUCUUAAUUCAAAUAAAUACGAUUGGAGAGUUAUCUUUCUUGGCACCAGGUACUCCCACCCUGAUUCUGUCGCUGACGAGGCCAACAAGUGAAGUUCGGGUGGGGUGUUCCUCGCUGCACCCUGGUGUGACCUCAGCAAGCGGUGCAGUGACCCCUGACCCCAGCCAGGAGGCGAGGUGGGUGCCAUCAUGUCGACCAGCAGACGACACCAGACGAGAGGCCACUUACACGUCUCCAGGAGGUCUGCUCCUUCGUCAUCCACACUUUGAGCAGACGACAUGUGACAAGCUACUGGUUGCUGAAAAAAAAAAAAAGCGGUGUGCGGUGGCGGCGUAUCGAUCACACCAGCGCGUGCACGCCAGGCUUGUCGUCAUCACUCCUUGUUGUUCUUAUCCCUGCAGCCUGGUGCACGCAGUCUCAGCCCUCAACCCUCAACCUCAACCUCAUAGAUGGUGUCACAGCUGCGGACACUCGCCAGCUAAGCACACAGUUCAGUCCCACCCUGGUCCCUACCCUGGCUGCCUUCCUGGAGCAGCCACCAUGGUGUAGCACGGACACAGGUACACAGGUACACAGGUACACCUGAGCCUACUGUCGCCACCUCAUCCUCCACACAAGGAUUCUGUAGACUGUCUCCGUCAGUAGUUCCAACCAUCAAGGAUCUGGUGACUGCAUCCGCGAUGUGUGUGGGUGAGGACCACCCGGUGUUCGAGUAUCUACACGGACAAAUAUUAUUCACCUUUGUGUAAUGCGACAGACGAGUCAUCAUGGCUGCGAAACCCAGAGACCCCCAGGGUCCCAGUCCGUGGGCCGCCCCACACAGCCGGUGGGCCCGCGCCCUCAGCACACGAGACAGCAGCGCGUGGGUGGCGCUGACCAGGGUGGGCUGCGUGCGCGGAAUAUGCGAGCGCCUGCGGUGUCAUCUGAGCAGCCUCUGGCUUGAGGUCAUCGUAGUGACCUUGACCUUGCUGUCGUCACUGGCCAUCACGGGCGAGCUGCUGGUCAGGUUCGACAUCCUGAAAGUCCCCAGCGAGAGUUGCCUUGACAACCAGUCGCUGCGGUCAAGUGACUCGGAGUCCGGCGCAAGGGAUGUCACCACAGCGGAGACCACCAGCGUGUCACCAGGUGGCGCACACGGCGCCCACACCAUGGACAUCGUGCGCAAAGUCUUCCACUACAUCAGCCUCGCCAUCGCCGCCGUCUUCCUGGCGGAGAUCCUGCUCAAGAUGGCCGCCUUCCGACUGAAGUUCUUCCUGAAUCACUGGCAGGUGCUGGACAUGCUGAUCGUGUUUGCCACGAUGGUGGUGGAGGUGGCGUUUGACGUGGAGCAGACGACACCUGAGCUGGAGGCCGCCACCUACAUCGUGAUCUUUCGACUGUGGAGACUUCCACACACUUGCAACAUCAAAGCCAAGGCCGUCCAGCGCUCCCUGGAGCAGGAAAUCGAGGUGUGGAAGGCCGGCAAGAUCAAGCUAGACGACAAGUGCAACAACCUGGAGAUGAAGAACAACAAGCAAAAGGAGAAGACAGAUCGGCUGGAGAGUGAGCUGGCCUCACUGAAGGCGGAGAUGAAGGCCAAACACGUGUCUGCACAUUCAAAUACCACAGGGGCAGCACCUUCCAGCAACGCGCACAUUCCUUUAGACAUGGUGGAUGGGUUGUCCAGUGGCCGUCUCGUGGCCCGACAUUCUUUGUUACCGGAAGACACAUUUACGCAUGCGCAAAGCCAAAACAAAAACAAGUUCUCAGAUAGAGAGAAACUACGAGCCGAGGAGGAUGAUGGAAAGCACAACGACAGACACGAGGAAGACGAGGACAGGGGCGAUCGUAGAAAAGGAAGAUACUUCCGGUCUGGCAGCGAGAGUUCUCUCUCUUGUCAUGCUAUGGAGCACGAAGUGCACGUGCAAAUCGAAGACCGACCGGAAGUGCGCACCGAAAGUUCUGGGUAUACGUCAUCGCCAGAGUCGACAAGGCGCUUUCCGCUGCAGACGACACCAGAGAGAGGCAGAGGCCAGCCACACGACCGGGCCGCCCUCGUCACAGGUGAGCAGCACGAGCGCGACGUGGCCUACGACAACGAGGGCUACAGGUGGGACGAGGCUGAUGGUGACGUGGAGAUCACAGGAGUCCUUGUGCACGAGAUCGACGGUGUCAAGACCUACAGGAGCGCCGAAGGUAUCCCUAUGACAUCCUUGUGAGUGGGCGGGCAGCAGCGCGAGAGGACCACAGCCCUACACGUCAGCACCAGAGUCUCUGGAGUCCGGCAGUGUUGCUAGGCGACGCCACUGGUUCCAUGCCAGGACGUGCUUUUUGCGGGGCGACUGUCAGAGACCACACUCGCCAAGACUUGCCAUGCUCACUCCGCCUGGUCUGUUUACUCACUUUCACUUUGUCCUCGUGCCAACACAACUUGCCUCCAGGUCGGUGCCACAGCCCGGUGCCAACGGACAUUAUGCACAUCGCCUUACUUACGAUGCAGAAGGAAAGUCUUUCAACUUGUAUUCUCAAACCCCUCUCGUGGCCUCCCUCUCCCAGCCAAGGCUGCUGCUGUGUACCAGACACUGGCAAUCUCCAGGGUACUCAAGAGGUCAAGGAUGUUGCGAUGUAACCCCGCGGCCAACCACUGCCCUCGGUCAGGCUCCCUAAAGGUCAAUGACAGUCAGCUGCUGUGGGCACCCAAUGUCACUGGCAAUGUCGCCGGGGGAUUGGGGUAAAAAACAUUAGUAACCUCUGUCCGGUAGCCUGGAGAUCAAAAGAAAGUUUAAAGUGCAAAUGCAGAGAGAACAAACUUAAAGAGUUGCAUGCGGCGUUUCCAUGACAACGUGAUGUUCUGCUGGAGGUCAACAGCUGCUUGUGGUUGUCUGUACAGUGAACGUUUGUACAUAGCUUUAAAUUCUUGUUGGACCUGCAGAGCUUUCUGGUGGUAUGUACAGCCACGGACUGAACUCCCAUUUGCACCCAUGUCCAUUGUAGCCAGUGUGUAUGUGUGUGUGUUUCUGUCAGCCUGUCAGUGUUCAGUUGGUGUGUGAGUCUGAGCGAGCGUGCAGAAUCCGUAUGUGUGAUGUGGUCAGGUGUGGAAAUACCUGUUUAAUAAUAAAAAGAAAUUUGUUUCUUG